CAGCGUGUCCGUGUCCAGGGCUCGAGCCAGCAUGACUCUGUCCGGCGGUUUGUCGGAUACUUGUCAGCUCAUUUUACGCGACCGCAUGGAGCCGGAGAUGUGGAGGUAGGCUACUUCAUCCAUGCUUUCUGGGGAAUAGUUGCUGCAACACGUCGGGAAGUGAAAACAAGCUACCGUGCACACUUUGGAUAGAGCUACGAUGCGGGGCACUUUGGGCGCAUUCAUUCAGUCCUGUGCGCUGCUGCUGGUCCGAGCAGACCAGUGGAGGCUGAAGGACUCCGCCAACUGCGAGCUGAACAAGAAACAAACAGACUUAAAUUCCUUCCUGUGGACGAUCAAACGUGACCCUCCCUCAUAUUUCUAUGGUACAAUCCACGUUCCCUACACGCGCGUUUGGGACUUCAUCCCCGAAAACUCCAAGCAGGCCUUCCAGGAUAGCAACAUUGUCUACUUUGAGCUGGACCUGACGGACCCUUACACCAUCUCAGCCCUGACCAGCUGCCAGCUGCUCCCUCAGGGCGAGAACCUGCAGGAUGUCCUGCCCAGAGACAUCUAUCGGAGACUUAAAAGACACCUUGAGUAUGUAAAACUCAUGAUGCCAUCAUGGAUGACCCCAGAUCAGAGAGGGAAGGGACUCUAUGCAGACUACCUCUUCAACGCCAUUGCUGGGAACUGGGAGAGGAAGCGUCCCGUUUGGGUGAUGCUGAUGGUGAAUUCGUUAACCGAGGCAGAUAUUAAGACACGAGGAGUGCCGGUGCUGGACUUGUACCUGGCCCAGGAGGCAGAGAGGAUGAGGAAGAGGACGGGGGCUGUCGAGAAGGUGGAGGAGCAGUGCCAUCCACUCAACGGGCUCAACUUCUCUCAGGUGAUCUUUGCCCUGAACCAGACGCUAUUACAGCAGGAGUCUUUAAGGGCAGGGAGCCUACAGGUCCCGUACACCACCGAAGACCUCAUCAGACACUACAACUGUGGAGAUCUCAACUCCAUCAUCUUCAAUCAUGACACCUCACAGGUUCCUAACUUCAAUAAUGUGACACUGCCACCCAGCGAGCAGGAGACCGCCCAGGAAAUAGACAGCUACUUUCGACAGGAACUCAUCUACAAGAGGAACGAGAGGAUGGGGAAAAGGGUCAAGGCACUGCUAGAGGAACACCCUGACAAGAGCUUCUUUUUCGCCUUUGGAGCAGGUCACUUUCUCGGCAACAGUACAGUCAUUGAUGUCCUUCGUCGCCAGGGAUACGAGGUGGAGCACACCCCUGCUGGGCAGCCGGUAAACAGGAGAUCAUCAUCCAGACCUGACUCACCAGGGUCAGGAGACCAUGAUGAGUCCCCUCUUUUGGAGCCUUUCCUCCACGAGCUCCCCCACAAAGAGGACGAUCAGGGGCAUCCCCUGGAGGACGAUCUGUUACCCCACAUGCUUCUGCCACCGGAACUGCUGGAGAAAGCAGAGAGGAAAAUGCUGAAGAAAAAGAGGAGGAACAAGCCGAAGAAACAGCGGCACCGGCAUUUUAAUGACCUGUGGGUACGCAUCGAGGAGAGCACUAUGGUCCAGUCUCCACCCCCCCCGCUGGUUCGCAUCAUCAAUGGUUACAUCACAGUGCAGCCACCUGACAGAGCUCACAGCCACUACAACUACCAACCCACAUCUUCGGCGUCGACCACCUCCCUGUCCUUACCAUCUAUUCAUGUCUUCCUCUGCACAUUGCUUACAGUGAUCCCACAGACCUGGACUGCAUUCCUCUAAUGGAGCAUUAGUUGGAACUCUAUAAAAACAGUCAGCCUUCAUGUGUAUAAACUCUCACAUGUGGUGGUUUCAUGUAUCAGCUCAUGUAAAGCAAGGUCUGAUCAUGUAUCAAGACCUAGAGGAGGCCACAAAAGUGUGGUGACUCUCAGAGACCGUUCACGAUAAAAAAAGCAUGGAGAAAGGACGUGAAAUCAGCUCUAGCUGUCGGGUAACAGUACACUCCAUGGAUGUUAAGUUAGAUAAAGUUUGUGUUGAAUGGUAAAUAAUGUCAAUAGAGCAUGUCUCUUACAAAUUGAGGCCUUGAUGAGCAUGUAAG